GAAGAGGGCGUCAUAGAGCCUCCGAUAAUGCCAAAGCCCCGUUCUCAGGCUCUUCAAUCCGGCAACACGCCCGCGGGCCUCUUGUCAGCUAAUCCAACGUUGGAACAAGCCCACCGUCCAGCCCUCUCCUCGCCUCUGCAAACCACUACGCCGUCCUCACAGGACCACGAUUUCAAGGCCGAAUCCAACAUCAAGACAACAGCGCAGAGCUUGCUAUACGAAAAGCUCAUUACGGCCGUUUCCCUAACGAUAUCGACUGCUUUUUGUCGUCGAACUGGGGCGAUCCCUCUCAACUACAGGACGAUUUUAAUAUCCCCGACUACGUAUAGCGCACAGCCACACGGAGUUGCCAUCGGCAGACCCCAGAUACUGGGCACAUUUAGAGUAUACUUGACAACUACCGGAGCACUGGUAAUCGGUAUUUCUCUCACCAAAUGCAAAGGGAUUCUGUCACUAGAUGAUACCGCCGCCUCCAGCCUGGCUCCUGCUGGCUACUCCGUCCUCGCGGCUCCUUUUGGCAUCAUGACUGCUACCCAGAAUUUCGUUCCUGGCGACGGUGGCCUAUCAAGCCUUGCUCAGACACCGAUGACGCAUUUUUUUAGCUUCCGUAACGGACUAGACGGGCAGGAGUCUCUGUGGAAGCAAGCUUGCCAACGAUUCUUAGACUUCAGGGGAAUAGCUGCAUCGACGCUGGGGGGAUGUCUCUGGGUAAAUCUCCUGGUGCCCAAAUCAAAGAGUGCGGAUUCCAAGGGCGACUACCGAUCUUCUGGCGCAACUUCCUCAUUUACCCUACCGUGGCCAAGGCGUCUCUGUUUCCGCAAGAAGAAUGUAGACGCAUCCUCUGCUAGUCGCGUAGUAGAUACUAUGCUGAGCGGCCAUGAAGAAAGCCACGAUCCUCUUGGUAACGCAAAAGGCUGGCACAACUCUAUUGCAGAAAGAGAAGAGAAGAUCAAACGAGCAGCGGAGCGCGCGGCGGCUAUACCCAAAGAUUCGCAGCCGCAACCCGCAGAUUCAAAGACACCUAAGCCGAGCGGCCUGUCUCCUGUGGCCUUCCAGCGCCCCAACACGGCAACAGCUGGUAUCAUGUAUCCAACUCCACCAGACGGAGUCCAACAACCUAGCGGCGUUACUCCGUCAAUGGAUGGCACUUUUUCCAGUCCGGGCAAUCCAUUAUCAGCACCAAUCAUGCCAGAAGCAGAUAUUACAAUGCAAAAUGAGCCGGUCGGGGGGGUUGGCCUCGACCAGUCUCCUAAUGUCGCUGAACCCAAAAGACGGCGGAGUGAUAAUCUUCUUGGCGACACUGACAACGUGCUUGGAGGAGAUGUAGGGGGAGAUAUAUUUGAUGACAACGAUAUUACCGAAGCUGACUUCAAUUUCUUUGACGAGAAACCUGGUGACCUCGACCUCGAUAUUGCUAUGGGCGAUCUGCCUAGCUCGGAAAUGGCCGCUCCAACUUCCGCACCUGCUUCUGCUCUACCAGCAGUGAUCUCACUGCCGCCGCCGCCACCGCCGCCUCCUCCACCUCAGAAAGAAACGGCAGUAUUUGCCAAGCCGGAAUUAAAGCAUGCCAGAAGCCAGAAUGAAGAUGCGGCCCGUCGAAAUCGAGGAGAUGUACGAGUUACACCCGCAAAGCGCGAGUCUAGCCCAUUUGACCCUCAUGCUGUUUUUAAGCGGGUAAAGGCGUCCUUGAAAAAACCCAAAUAUGAUUCCUCCAUCUCAGCUCAGCCUCACUGGAGGAACGCAAAGGUGUUUGAGAGCCUAGAUUUCGAUCCAGCGAUACCAAUGAUUAGCAAAAAAUACGAAAAAGGAGGUUUCUUCGACUUGAGUGCUCUUACAAAGGUCGAGAGAAUGGAAAAGGCAAACGGUAAUGUCCCAUCUGUACCAGAGACUGACUAUCUCAAACGUCAUGGUAAACUUAACAGAAAACCAAGGGAUCGGUCGACUGCUCGCCAUACUAUAGGCAAGCAAUAUUUUGCAAUGGAGCCGCCAAUAUUGACAACCAGCCCCAUGAAGUUGGAUGGAUCAAUAUCAGACCGAGAAGACGGCAACAUGGAAUCAGACCAGGACGACUCUAGCUACACUUCUGACGAGCCUGGAUCUCCGCACAAGGCCAGCAUCAGGUUGAUGCAUGGAGAUGACGACAUCAUGUCUCAAAUUACCUCCUUGAGAGACUGUGACAUUGAAGAGCCCGAUCAUCAGCUGGCAAUGGAGUUACCAAGGCUAUCAAGGUCAGAUAUAUCAGGAGUGUCCCUCUCUCAACUAUUUCUGGAUCCAGAACCAUUAUUGUUAGACAUGGGCCUGAGCGACGAAGAUGUUAUUCAAAUUGCGCAAAUUGUGGCUGAUCAAGCUGCAACUGGUUCGCUAGACAUCUUCAAUGCAUCGGAUUUUGAGCCUGCAACUCUGUCAGCGAGUGAAAAGCGCUCAGAUCUAUCUAUACACGCUCGAGAUGCAUUUUACACACUUGAAGGCAUUAUUACGCAUUUUUUCGAAGAUGCAAUGCCCGUACGUCUCAAGGGUCUGCUGGACAUACAAGACUUGCCAAUUCUGAGUCAGUUUAUACCACGGCACGUAAAUGGCAGAGAAGGAAAUUCCGAGACUAUGCGCCCAAGCAAUUUAUAUCAAAUUCCCAGUCCUCAUUUGGAGGUACAAAGGGCAGACACAAAACUAUCUGUUCUACCAUCAGCGAUUUCAUUUUGGGAGAGUUUGGGCCUCUCACCUUGUUCUGGCAGCAAAAACAUUAACGCGAUUUGUGUCUUUCCUGGGUGGUCUGGAAUGGGAGACAACGUUAAAGCCUUUAUGGACCGCGUCAAGAGUAUAUAUGAGCUGCUAAAGCUGGGCACCUUUGAAGUCAUGCCUCUUGGCGAAGAUGUGGAAGCAGGCCUGCUGCCAUAUGAGGUUGAUAGAAUAACCACUUCACCAGAUGCCACUGUGACUAGGCACGGCUCAGCCAUGGUUGAAUGCAUGGAAGCAUUGCGUGGGGUAUUCAGCAACCUCGCCAUUACCGAGACGAAUUUUGUCAUAUAUUUUGUAUAUUCCCCCGAAAAUCCCGGGACCAUUAUUGAAUCUUGUACGGCAUUUCAGCGAUUUUACGAGUUGUACCAGAAGGUUCUGGCAAGCCGAAAAGAAGCUCCUCAGAAUGAGCUGGUUUUGCAGCUGGUGUCCACAGAUGUACUGUCCUCUCCAUCAGCCUUGGUCAUUACCCAGACUUCAGAUCUUGUCAGACUCUGCAUCGAAACAUAUGAUCGCUGCACCUUAUUUGGGGGCCCGAUGCCAGCCCCAGCAAUCAGACUCGAACAGUUGCUACCACGCAUCAUCGAUUUCAAGCUGACCACGACUCCCUCAGCUUCCCUAAUCCGCGAAAACUCAUGCAUUCACGUGGCAUAUUCCCAGAGUGUCGACGAGCGAUGGGUUACUGCGGCGUGGACGGACGACAGGGGGAACCAGCAAGCGACAGCUGCCUACUGCAUGGGAAGAAAAGGAAAGUCACCGUCUCGAAACAUGAACGAGAUCGCCAAUGAAAUAUGGGAGACUACGCUUGAACUGAUGUCUUCCUGGAGGGUUCUUUGGAGGGUCAUUAUCACUAAAUGCGGGCCGAUGCCGCAGCACGAGGUUGAUUUCUGGGUUGACCUGGCUCGCACUGAGAUUCAUGCCAAGGUCACAUUAGUUUUGCUUACUGUCGAUUCAAACCCGUCGCUUCAGCUUUUGCCGCCGGCAAUCAAGCUCCCUGCGCCCGUAGCUGCUCUCCAUACUCCAGUUUCUACGCCGCAGCCUUCUAUGCAGUCUCCGGAGCCUGUUGCUACUCCUGCAACGCCUGCAGCGAAUGCUGCAGCCGCUACACCUUCCAACGAUGGUACUGGCACAGCCGAGACCGAAUCGGAUGAAAUUUUGGUAGACGUUAGCGAUCAAACGUGGGGAGCUAUAACUGGCCACCGACUAAGCAACUCUUCCAGCAUCCUAGAGGUGCAGCUCUCUUUAAUGAGUGGAUAUUUGAUCAAACGGACAGGGCUCAGACUGGAAGAUCCCCCCGUCGUCAUGGAGGUCAAUCUAAUAUACACAGAGACAACUCCACGCGUGCAUGAACCUCUUUUACGAGAGAUGCUGGGAUACUUUAGGGGACUAGGCACGCUGGCAAGGGCGCGCGGAGUGGUGGAUAAGGAAGGGGAUGUACGACCCUGGCACGUUGCAGCGGCAGAAAAGGCUGUGCGUGCGCUGUAUCUUUUAAUGUGAGAUUUUUUUUUUUAUGUUUUCUCAUGAUGUUCGUUAAUACCUCUCUAUAUGACGACGAACGUUGGAAUAUGUCAUUUUGUUUUGGGGCGUUGAAACUUUUCUUUCCCCUUUUUCAUUGGCGUUGGAUACGGCAUAUGGCAG